ACCUUUCCUACCCGUCCAUCCUAAUUCGAGGAAGCCGGCUUGGGUGUCGGUGGAUGGGAGCUCGUCGGUGGUUUUGCUGCUUCCCGAAGGAAACGUUCACUCAUCGUCCUCACAGCUCGCCGUCGUCCGAUCAACUGUCGCAUCCCACGUCUUCCGCUCCCCCCGCUGCUCCUCCCUUCGUUAGCGUCCCAACGGCAGCGGCGGGGGUGACGAAGGAAAUGGGCGCAAAACUGCCUUACGCCCACGUCGAUGCGCGCUUACGAGCCCUAGCCGGACAGGCCGAGGGCUUCGGCCGCCACGCCAUCGGAGGCCUCCAUGGACCCAUCUAUCAUGUCACCUCCUUGGCUGAUGAUGGCCCUGGCUCGCUUCGUGAGGCAUGCCGCAUAAGAGAACCACUCUGGAUCAUUUUUGAGAUUUCAGGAACCAUCCAUCUUUCUUCGUACUUGAGGGUAUCCUCCUAUAAGACAAUUGAUGGUCGAGGACAGAGGAUAAAGUUGACUGGCAAAGGUUUGCAGCUGAAAGAGUGUGAACAUAUAAUCAUAUGCAAUCUGGAGUUUGAAGGUGGUAGAGGACAUGAUGUUGAUGGUAUUCAGAUAAAACCCAAGUCAAGGCAUAUUUGGAUAGAUCGCUGCAGCCUGCGUGAUUAUGACGAUGGACUUAUUGAUAUCACUCGUGAAAGCACUGAUGUCACUGUUUCAAGAUGUCACUUCGCAAUGCAUGACAAAACAAUGCUUAUCGGAGCAGAUAGUAGCCACAUCACAGAUAGAUGUAUCCGUGUUACCAUUCAUCACUGUUUCUUUGAUGGAACAAGGCAGCGGCAUCCUCGACUUAGAUUUGGCAGAGUCCACCUUUAUAACAACUACACAAGAAAUUGGGGCAUAUAUGCUGUUUGUGCCAGUGUAGAAGCACAGAUCCUUUCUCAAUGCAACAUUUAUGAAGCAGGCCAGAAGAAGGUGGUUUUCAAGUACAUGCCUGAGAAGGCGGCAGACAGAGAAGAGGUCGCAUCAGGGUGGAUAAGGUCUGAAGGUGAUUUGUUUAUGAAUGGUGCCCAGCCUUGUUUGAUACAAGGUGCCGGUGUUGAAAGCGUUUUCAAUGCCUUGGAACACUACCCAACAUGGACCAUGGAGCCAGCAUCUGUGGCUCUCAAAGAGGUUCUCCAGUUAUGUUCAGGAUGGCAAGCAUUACAAAGACCAGCAGAUUGGUAGUACUGCCGAAGGUGAUUUUGUCUGAAUUAUUCAACCUAGUUUGUUUCGACCGAAUCCAAGUCAAUUUGCUUCCAGAGUUUGUGUCGCAGUCAUUGGUUAUAAAUAAAUGGUGAAGACGAAGACACAUGUUGAUCUCAAGACCCAUAUCCAUAUCAACAUCAGAAAGUCUUUACAACCAAAUUAAUUAGUGCCUUUAAAUAAUAAUAAAAAAUUGUACGUUGAUUCUGCUUUUUAUACCCUUGACCUUUUUGUUGUCUUGGAUGCAUUAUAAAUUCUUGUCAAGCUACCUUAACUUAGAAGUGGAGGUUUAAUUGUUUU